CCCUCCCGGAACACCAGUUUCAGUUUUCCCACCGCACCACAGAUGUCGUCCGAAACCGCCGUCUCGCCGCAGCCGCUGUCCUCCGGCCCACCAACCGCCGCCGUCUCCGCCCAUUCCAGCCCCGCUCCCCCGGCCGACGAGCCGGAAGCUCCAGACUCGCCCCAACUCCCGCCGCACUAUGCCUCGCCGUCGCCAGCCCCCUCCAUGUCCGACGAGACGGACGCCCCGACCCGUCCCCAACCCCUGCCGCGCCACCCCAUCGCGUCCUCCUCCUCCUCCCCAUCCACCGCGGCCGGCGAGACGCAGGGCCCAGUACACCCCCCGCCCCAACCCCAGAUGCACCAGCCGGCGUCGCCCUCCCCUUCCUCGGCGGAGCCGCAAUCCCCUGUCCAGCCCCAACCGAACCAUUCGUCGCCGCCUCUCUCGGGGGACGACGACGACGACGACGUGGUCAUCACCGGCGCGUUGUCUGGGGCGGGCGGCGCGGCUUCGACCGCUGCCGAUGAGCGGGUGAAGGGGCCGUGGUCGCCGGAGGAGGACGCGGUGCUGACCAAUCUGGUGAUGAGGGACGGGGCGCGGAACUGGACGAUGAUUGCGCGCGGGAUCCCCGGGCGCUCCGGCAAGUCCUGCCGCCUCCGCUGGUGCAACCAGCUCGAUCCUCAACUCAAGCGCAAGCCAUUCACUGAGGAGGAGGACCAAAUGAUAAUAUCUGCUCAUGCAAUUCAUGGGAACAAGUGGGCAUCUAUCGCGAAACUUUUGGUUGGGAGAACCGACAAUGCAAUCAAGAACCACUGGAAUUCUACUCUGAGGCGUCGGUACUGCACCGGUACCCGGUGCACACGAAGUGCUUCUGCAGAGCAACCUAUGAGAGAGAUGUCCAGGGCAGUUUCAGAAGAACGGUGGCCAUUGUCGGGUCCUAGUUCCUUCAGUGUUAUGGAAGUAAAGGAAGCUCCUGUGCAAACAGUAUCUGAAAGUUCAGCUGGGGCAUUGCAAAUCAGAGAUAUUAACAAUUGUAGCACUGAAGCUGUUGAUCGAUCCUACCCGGUGCGACCAGUGGCUACCAUUGGUGCUUUCAGACCAUACAGUCUAGGACCUGCUCAACAGAUGCAAAUGGAAAUGUCGAGCUCUACCAAGUUUGUCCCAACCCUUCAGGCUGUCACACCUGAAAUUGCGGUCUCCAAGUUUGCUGAUACUACAUGCUUUGCUGCUGAUGUGCCAAACAAAUGUGGCCAUGGUUGCUGCAGCACUGAAGAACAACCUCGUAACAACUCAUUGUUGGGACCUGAGUUUAAAGAGUUUAUAGACCAUCCUCCAAUUUUGAGCAGUAGUUUUGCUUCGUUGGUAUCUGAAAUCAGCAGCAUUGCCUGGAUGAACGGUGGCCUGCAAAGUAGUAACUCUGGCAACUUAGUGCAGUCUAAUCCUCCAGCGCCUGACAAAUUAGGAAUGGUGUGAGUUGGAAUACUGAAAAACUGGAGUUAUUACUUUUGGACAUAAUGAAGUCAACCGUGAUUAUAAUCUUCCCGAGGUCUUCAAAUCAGGCGUGGAUGUUGUUGCUCAAGCCGGAGAAAACUGCUGUGCUUCCUUCUCCUUGGAUCAUAAGUACUAUAGUACAAUCGUUUCAUCAUUAAAGUUGCCCCAAACCUGACGCUGGUCACCAGCUGGCCGGUUCCCCGGGACCCUACUUGCUCAAUUAUAUGAUGCAUGGCUGAAUGAAUUGGUGAUAUAAAGAUUCUGUACCUCGUGGGGGCAGCCAUGGAUGCUGAUCGGAUGCGAUUGGGUGCAUCCAAAUAUCACGUGAGCCUCACAGCUUAUUACUAGGAUUCAGAUUUGUUGGAUUAGGUUCUCUGCUCUUGCCAGCCAGUCUUGCUGAUUCGACGGGGGCUCGUAUGUCCAAUUUCUUAAUUGCGAGACGGGAUUUUUUUUCUGUAUAUUUGUUGAGAGAACGCUUGAAUUCUUUGAAACUGUAAAAAGAGCUUCCCCGCUCAAUUUUUUUCC